UCCCCUCCACCCACGGAGAGGUACAGCUCAGAGCUCCAAUGGCGACCAGAUACUGGGUAGUUUCUCUUCCCGUCCAAAAUUCCGCAUCCACUCUCUGGAAUCAAUUGCAAGAACAAAUCUCCAAGCAUUCCUUCGAUACUCCUCUUUACAGAUUCAAUAUUCCUAAUCUCCGUGUCGGAACCUUAGAUUCUCUCCUCUCUCUAAGCGACGAUCUCGUCAAGUCAAAUAGUUUCAUGGAAGGAGUGUCGCACAAGAUUAGGCGGCAGAUUGAGGAACUGGAGAGAGUGUCGGGCGUGGAGAGCAGUGGGCUGACAGUGGAUGGAGUGCCUAUUGAUUCGUACUUGACGAGGUUUGUUUGGGAUGAAGCAAAGUACCCGACUAUGUCGCCUUUGAAGGAGAUCGUGGAUGGUAUUCAUGGUCAAGUGGCAAAGAUUGAGGAUGAUCUCAAGGUUCGUGUUUCUGAGUUUAACAAUAUCCGCAGCCAGCUUAAUGCCAUCAACAGAAAGCAAAGUGGAAGCUUAGCUGUCCGUGACCUUUCCAACUUGGUUAAACCUGAGGAUAUUAUAACUUCAGAACAUUUAACUACCCUUCUAGCAAUUGUGUCCAAGUAUUCACAGAAGGAUUGGCUCUCAAGCUAUGAAACAUUGACAAGUUAUGUGGUCCCCAGGUCUUCCAAGAAGUUGUAUGAGGAUAAUGAAUAUGCUCUUUAUACUGUUACACUCUUCAGUCGUGUUGCAGACAAUUUUAGAACUAGCGCACGGGAAAAAGGGUUCCAAAUUCGUGAUUUCGAACACAGUCCAGAAUCACAUGAGAGUCGGAAGCAGGAGUUAGAGAAAUUGAUGGGAGAUCUGGAAAGUUUGAGGGGUUCUCUAUUGCAAUGGUGUUAUACCAGUUAUGGAGAGGUUUUCAGCUCCUGGAUGCACUUUUGUGCUGUACGUGUUUUUACUGAGAGCAUUCUAAGAUAUGGUCUACCACCAUCUUUCUUGGCAUGUGUUUUAGCUCCAUCAGUGAAAGCUGAGAAGAAAGUAAGGUCUAUCCUUGAAGGGUUGAGUGAUAGCACAAACAGUGCAUACUGGAAGACCGAGGAUGAAGUAGGAAGUGGGAUGGCUGGCCUAGCAGGUGAUGCUGAUACCCACCCUUAUGUUUCCUUCACUAUCAAUCUCAUCUGAGCGCUCCUUGAAACAAGUCCUGUCUCGUUUCAAAGUCCGCUAAGGAUUCCUUUGGGCAGUAAUAAUGCUAGGAAGCGAUCGAAGAUAUUGUAUAUUAGGCUCAUGUUUCAUUAUUUUAAUCUAUCAUACAUAAUUGAAGCAUUCAAGGUUCUAGAAGGAUCUGGUAAAUUUGAGGGCAGUUGUGGUUCAAGGUUGAUCAUUAGCAACUUGUAUGAAUUUCAUAAAGUUUUCUCGUCUGUCAUUACGGGACGUGAGAAAUUUAUACUUGUGUAUUUUGAUAGAAUAUCUACUAUAUAUUUUAAAAGGAAUUGUUUUCUCAUUUAACACGAGAUAAAUUCAUUUUCCUACACUCACAUAUUGAGUGGUGGGAUCCA